GACUUGGGAGUGUUUUUAGGGGUCGUGGAACAGUGAGUCAUUGUUAACGUCUGUGUGUCCUUGAGAAGCUUCGAGAGCCGUGUCUGCUCUCAGCCAGGCAAUAACUAUUGAGGAGGUGACUCAGGGGGGGUAAACCACACCACAGGUUAAUAUUUGACUAAGAUUUCAAGAGCUCUUACACACGCAUGGCUUGUAACCAACUCGGUGCAGGAGCCUGCGUCACCAGCCUUCCUGUGUUUGCUGUGGAUACCCCAACAUCCAUCUGCAGUGGAACAGGAUGGGCCACGGAGUUUCCCACAGACUCUCCUUCUCCAUCACUUCCUACAGUGACUGCAUCCCAGGGAACCUUCAGACUUUCAACACCUUCAUGCCAGCUGCCAGCAUUUCCCAUGAAGGGCUGCUCUCCCCUGGGUCUGUAGAUGGUGUGAGCAGUACAAGCCCAGCAAGAGGAAUUGCGCCUUCCCAAGGUGGCGAGUGACUUCUGGCUGUCCUGAAGGGAAACGUUCCUCUCUAGCCUGGUACUUAAAGGGAAAUGGGUCGACCUGGAUCUCCGGAAAGAUGAGCUGGGGCCCUGCUGAAUUAUUGAGCACACACCAGAGUCAUCAGCUCAGAGAGAAAGAGAAGCACCAGCUUAGGUCACAGGUGUGGGAUGGACAUUAUUAGCUUCAAGAACAGAGGAGUGUAACUGAUCUGCCUCAUGCACUUGUGCUCUGCUGUCUGGAUCUGUGUCACAGCUGCUUGGUACUAUGACACAGAUGCUCAUCUUGGUUUGGUGGCCCUCUCUGGAGCCAUAGACAGUCAUAAAAGCCCAGCUUCACAGUAUGGAAUCCCCCCUCCUUUUCAGAGGAAAGACCUCCCUCUUAGGGCAAGCCUGGAAGAGCAGCAACCCCAGGUCACACACAUGGAAACAGGCACAGUGCCUCAGUCUAACACUCAAAUGCGUUGGCCAUGCUUAACCCCUCUUUAUUCAAUGCAUAAAUGAUAAGCACGUUUGCAGAGAGCAUGAUCAUCAGCAACUGCAGCAGGAGGCCCAUUGGAGCUUAUAUGUGUGCAGCUCUGGUGAACGAACAGGUUAUCUGAUUAGAUGACUUAGUUGCCCAAGUAUGUGUGUUCACUUCUGAAGUUUUGGUCCAGGCUGUAUGUCCAAGGCUAUAAGGAGAGACAGGUAGGUUGAAAGUAAGAUCACAUCUCCAAGCUAUGCCCAAGAUCUCUGAGAUCCCCCCACUGUGCACAUCCAAACAAAUUGGUGAAUGUCUUUCUGCCCCUGUGGCCACCAGAAUCUGCUGUGAGGCAAGGAGAGGACAGGAUGGGAUGCAGCACUGUGCAAAGAGUCAUGCAGCUUCUUCUUGCUUGGUGGACACUGGCACUUACCAGCACUGGCAGAUGGCUGGUGCACUCGUGGGAGAUGCUGCCUCCUUCAAAGGGGACAAUAUCCCUUACCCUGCACGAGCCACCCAAUCCUGUGCCUGCAGAAAUUUCUACCACACCCUCAGGCAGUGAUCUUGCACACUUUUUGCUUCUUCCUCUUGCUUGAAUGAUACAUUAAAAUAGUUUAUUACUGGAGGAGGCCCACCUUAUCUGUAAACCUUUAUUUCUAUAUUGCCACCUUCUCAUUACAAAUAAUCCAUGACUAAGCUCAUACAAACCAAAGCAGUAUGAUGAACAUCCUGUAAUCUGGCUCAUUUUUGUUUGCAGUUUCCUGAGAGGGCCUCUGACGUCACCUUCGGAAUGUCUUAUGCCAUUGUAGGGUGACACUGAUAAAGCAGCACAAAGGCACUGGGUUCUGCUCAGUACUUUGUUGAUGGAGUAUGGACAGUGGGGUGAGUCUGCCUGUGGACCUUUUCAGAUGUGGUAUCUCAGUGCAUUGCUCAUGCUCAAGUGAGGUUACAAGUCAAUAGCAGCUCAAAGUGUUUGAAGAGCCAUUAGGGCAGGUUAUAUUCCCUUUUCCCUCUGCCUCACACCUAUCCUGUGACCUCUGGAUCCUGUGCUUCAUAAAUUCAACUAUGCGGCAGAAGAUUAACAGGGCAAACCUUAUCUUUCAUGUACAGUUAAGCUAACUGCCCAACUGCACCAGAGUCAGCCAGGUAACUUCUCUUCUAAGUCUGGUCCUUUUUCUCUGGUCUUAAUGCCAGCCUGUCAUAGUUUCUUGGGACCAAAGAAAUGUAGGUUGUUUUCCCCUGUUAAAAAAUACCAGUCCAUGAACACCAAAAUAGAGCACUUGUAUUUGGAGAUGAGAAGUUGACUUCUGACAGCGUGUUCCCUUUGGUCCAGACCUACCUUGUGAAAAUCUGCCUAUGUUGGGCCAGGAUAUUAACCUUUGAAAAAUCAAUAGUGGUAAACACACUAUAGGAUGUUCAAUGGAUUUUGGAAGGUUUCUAACACUUAAGAAUCUCUGUAGAAUCUGCACUCACUGAGUAUGGUCUGAGCCUCUCCCAACAGUUUUAGGAGUGAGAUUAGAGGGAGCCAAGUGAGGAAAAAUGGGUAAAGCUGCUUAAAUUCAAUACCUGAGAGCUGUCUUCUGAAUAGAAAUUUUAGGCUGUCUGAAAAGCAGAGGAGAUGAUAUCACUUUCAGGUAUACUUUAAUGCUUUAUCCCUCACUAAUGUGGCAGCAAGUUUCAGGAUCAGUAUUCUGUGGAAUACUUUUGCAUCAGAAAAUGCUUUUAUUUUUUGCUGAAAUACAGGAUGAAAUGAAGGGCUGGAAUGGCCCUGCCCAUUUAUCUAUCACCCUGUGUACAAGACGUUGCUGGCUGGCUGUACCACCAUCCCUCUGGGCACAGGAAUUGGGCUUUGGCUAGGGAACUGGAUACCACUUCCAAACCCAAACCAUUCUAUGAUCCCAUGGUACAGGUAAACUUUUGCCUGCCCAGGGGAGACUAGCCCCUCUGCAGACUUACCAUGCUGCCUGGGAGUACCUGUCAGUGGGAGAAGGGUUGGUUGCUCUUCCCUUGGUGUAUCUAGCUCUUGGUCUCCAAACUGGAAGUACCUUGGCCUCCAGGAGCAGCAGAGACUUGCUUUUUCCACUUAGAUCAUAAGGAUGGGCUUGGUGGAUCUGCUUCAUGAUGGAGGGCCUCAGCUGGUUUGUCUGUUCCAUGUGCUCCCUGGGCAGGUCUCUGGGAAUGGAUGAAUAAGGAAUCUGUGUGAUACAGCAUCUGGAGGGAACGCAGAUGUCCCAGUGCCCUGGCACACCAUAACACAGCCAGCCUGAUUUGUGUUCCUCUGAACAGUGCUGCUCACACUUACAACAACUCUUCUGCCUCCCUCCCCACUCCUGUCAGCACAGCCCAUGGUGAAACCCAAGAAUCUGCUGCUGUAACUCUGCCUGCAGUGCCUGGCUGCUGCCCCGGCCGUGUGGUCUCCCCGACUUCUCUCCCUGGGAUCACCAAUGCAUCCUGCUUUCCGCAUCUGGGAGUAGCUUGUGCUGUGGGCCACUGGUUGCAGAGAGGAGUUGGUUAAAGGAGACAGAGAAAAGGAGUGAAGGAGCCCAUAGGAAGGAGUUUCUGCUAUCAGAGAGGUGAGCAUGGCCAGCAACUCCAGUGCACUGCCCCGGGUGACUUUCCAGACGCCAGAGAAACCUGGGGAGGAAUCAUCACACAGGAAACUGGGCAAGUUAACCAUCAAGUACAACCGCAAAGACCUACAGCGCUGGCUAGAGCUGGAGGAAUGGAUCAAUACCCAGCUGCAGGAGCUGUACCAGUGCCGGCUAAGAGAGGAAACAGAGGCAGCAGCUCCUGAACCACAAAUUGAUCUUGAAGAUCUCCUGGAGGUCCCCAAUGAAGAGCAGAAAUUAAAACUACAGGAAAUCCUCCACGAGUGCUCCAACCCGACAGAGGACUUCAUCACAGAAUUGCUCAGUCGAUUGAAAGGUCUCCGGAGAGUCACCAAUCCUCAGAAGAAAUGACCUUGCCCCCGUGGAACACCCAGCUUUGGUCACAAGGGAAUACGUAUCUUCCCUACAAAACCCAGGAUCAGCAACAUUACUUCAGAAUAUGUUUAAGACUUACUGUUAUUGAGAAACAUCACCAAGUUUGUGAACUUUAUACCAGCGGCUUGAAGUCUCAACUCAUUCCAGAUCUACACAUACAGCAGGGAGCUAGAUUGUACAUAUUCCUGAUUCUUAAAGGGCAUGUUAACCUGGGGAACAGGCCAAGAUGUCCUUCCUUUAGUUUCUUCUAGGAAUUUCCAUGCUGGCUGAGGAGCAUUGAAUACAAUUCUCAGGAGCUCAUCAAGACUUCUUUCUUUCCGUCCACUGCAAGGAAAAUAAGGCAUUGGUUAUCACUCAUUCAUCAACAUGGAAAAUCAGUUACUGUUAAGCUGCACCCUGUUUCAGUCUGGCUGGGACCCAGCUGUGAUCUCCUGCCUGUUACUGCUGUACCUGACUGUACAGCAUUGCAUGUACUUUGUAGGUCUUAUUAAGCCUCUAUUAUCCAUGAUGGUUGGACACAAAAUAUAUGAUAGGAUGGAAGGAAAAUAUCUGAGUGCACCUGAUCUACUUAAGGGGAAACAACUGCUAAGGUGAAUGGAAGAGACUGUUUUUACUUUUCGUGGAAUUUAGGUUUUGCUUCUUUAGGAGACGCUUCUGAAUUAUUAAGAUCUGGGAAUGAUUUUUGUCAUCAUUUAAAAAUGGAAAAACGCUUAUUUUGUAUAUUAAAACAGAGAAAACCAGCCAUGCACUGCUUGCUUUUGCUCUCUUUUUAGACACUAAAGAAAAACUGAACUGCAAAAAUACCUGCUCUCAAUUUCCCUGCAGGGAGCACCUCAGAGCAAGUCUUCUGCAGACAGGUUGGUCUCACAGACGAGAUAUGAAGGAGGACACACUGUCUUGCUGCAAAAACUCUUCCGGCUACAGCUAUCGUGUGGCUGGAAAAAUACAGGGAAACUACAUCCAGCCUCUCAGCAAGCCAGUAACUUGACACAGCAAAUGGAGGUUGAUUGCUCAGGUAGAGCAGAUGCUCACAUUAUGUCCUGUCCCUGUGCUCUCACGCCUGCCACUCAAAACAGGGGGUCCUAUAUACCAGGACGUUCAAGGCCAGGUUUGAGUACCUGUUUUGUCAGCUAAGGACAGAAGGGGCCAACUCUGGAACAAAAGGGACAUGCAGGUUAGAUAACAAACAACUCUCAGGCUGGACCAGUAAGCUCUUAAAUACAUUAGUCUUUCAAUCUUUAUCAGUAACAGGGUGAUGAUUAUUCCCUUUUGUUUCUCUCCUAUUUCCCAGCAAAAGCGUCAGUGAAC